AUGUUUAGUGAUAAUUCUUCUAAUGAAGAAAAUAUUGUAACUUCUUCAAGCUCUAAUAAAACAUACAAAAAACAAAAAAAAAUAUCUGAUAUACACAUAUUAAGCUUAGAAUUAUCUCACUUUGAAGAAACUAUUUCUGAUAAAUGCAAUAUUAAUAAAGACUCUCAUUCAGUCUUACCAAAAAGAUUAUUAAAACUAUCAAAUUUAAAAAAAAUCAAGCUGGUUCCUCUUAAAAAACAUUCAGGAUGA